GCAGCAGCAGCAUAAAGAGAGUUCUCUUCUUCUUCCAUAAAUCCAUAGUGUUUUUCUUCCAUAAUCCAUACUUAUUUCCAGCUUUCAUUGAGUAUAUUAUUUGAUAAUUUGAAAAUGCCGAGAGGGGGAUCUGAUAAACCAAGUCAAGAUAUUGGAUGGAAUUUUGCCACUCCUACAGGAAAAAAAGGGGAAAUGACGUGUAAUUUUUGUGGUAAAAAAAUAACUGGGGGGAUAACUCGUUUGAAGCAGCAUUUGGCAAAUAUACCAGGGCAAGUUGCUGGUUGUCAAAAAGUUUCUGCGCAAGUAAAAAAAGAUAUGGGAAAUAUGUUGAGGGGUUUUGAAGCUGCAAAAAGAGAUAAAGCAAAGAGGGCAAGGGAGUUGGAAGAUGAAAUCAUGAAGAUGACAGAAGUUGAGGGUUCAGAUUCAGACGAAGAAGAUAUUAAACUAGAAAUUGCUAGAUGCGAAAGCAUGCGGCAGUUUGACGAAGAUGCUUAUAGAAGGAGAGCUUCUCAUUAUGAAAGUGGUGGGAGUAGCCAUCAAGCUCCUCCUCGCUCGGGAAUUAGUCGUUCAGCGACCGUUCGUGAAAGAGGUAGAGAAGCAUCAAGAUAUAUUGAGCAAACAUCAACACCUGCUUCUAGAUUAGCAGCAGCUGAAAUUGAAAUAGAAAAGAACAGAAGUCUGAAACAACCAAAGAUUAAAACCAAAUGGCUUAAGUCACAGAAAGAAAAGUUACUUAAAGCCUUUGGUAAUUUUAUCAUCCACAACAGAUUACCUUUUAGUGUGAUUGAGUCACCAUGGACAAAGCCAUUACUCAGAACGGCCGCUGAAGUGGGACCUAAUGUAUCACCACCUUCAGCAUAUGAGAUCUCUGAAGUAUAUUUGAAAAAUGAAUACAAAGAAAUGAAGAAAUAUAUUGCUUCAUUUGAGGGCAUGUGGAACGAAAGAGGAGUUACCAUUAUGUGUGAUGGAUGGAGCGGACCAAUCAGAAUGAGUAUAAUUAAUUUUCUAGUCUACUCUCCUCGUGGAACAAUGUUCCAUAAAUCCAUAGAUGCAAGUAAUGUUAAACGAAAAGAUGGAGAAUAUUACUUCAAGAUCAUGAAGGAAGUGGUUGAAGAAAUUGGCCCAAGCAAAAUUGUCCAAGUGGUGACUGAUAAUGAAGCUGCUAUUAAAUCUGGUGGCAAAAAGUUGAUGGAGAAGUUUCCAAAUUUAAGAUUUUGGAAAGGGGAAUAA